UCUGAAGCCUGCAGCAGCAGCUGUCCGGUGUUGGAGUGCUGGUUUGUGCAGGAGAAGGCGGGACGAGGAGGAGGUUUAACUGGAGCUACGACCCAAGAAAAAUCUCUGCUUCACAUCAGAACCGAAGCAGACGGCCAGAAUGACGAGUCCCAGCGCGCUCCUAAAGACAUCAACCCUGAAAGAGUCUACUCUGUGAUCGACCCGGCUGGCACCCUCUGCCACCGCUCGCUUAACCCUCCCAGAGGCUCUGUGACGAAGCCCCAGUGUGAGAUCAACCCCUUCCUGCCGCAGCCCUCCAGCCUGGACUGGGUUUCCUCGCUCACAGAGUCUGGCCUCAGCCCCGUGUACCUGCAGGCUGAGUGGUUUUCAUCUGCAUUUCAGGGCCUCAACGAACAGCUGGGCAUCUCUACUAUCACCCGCACCCCCACAGGAUCUAAAGAGCACAGUGUGAUCCUGAGCGUGACGACUAAAACGGUCUCAGUAAAGUCCAGACUCGGGGAGCCUGUGCAGCUGGACUGCGGCUUUUGGAUCAACCCUUCCUCUCCUCUGUAUGGGGCUGGAUUCGCCGUCGAGUGGCGGUACCAGUUUAGAGGCCGCGGACGGCUGAUUCUGGCUUACGAUGGGAAGACUGACCGCCUCGCCGACACGCAGGAAGAAGGAGCCACGCUGGACUUUGAGGCUUUGCACGAGAAAGGAAAUGCAUCCUUGCUCCUGCAGGAGGCUAAAGUGCUUCACUCUGGGACGUACAUCUGCACGGUGUAUCUGCCACACCUGCUCGCUCAGGUGGCGCUGGACCUUGAGAUUGAAGAACCGCCAUCCCUCUCCAUCCACCCCUCCACCCUGCCCCUCGCUGUUCCAGGUCAGACUAUAAACGUCCAGUGUGAAGCGUCUGGCUUUGCGCCCCUCCCCGUGGAGUUCAGCUGGGAGAUUAAAGGUGCCGACGGGAAGUCCAAGACCCUGGAUUCAUUCAGCGUAACGGGCCACCGGCAGGCCUGGGACCGCACCUUCAGCCAGACCUCCCGGCUCGAGAUCGACACCUCUAAGCUGGACCUGGGCAGAGGAGGCGAGCUCACCUGUGUGGCCGCCCACGCUGGAGGCACGAGACGGACCAGCGUGACCCUCAAUGUCAUCGGUAAUGUGAAGCAAACCUGGAAGACACGCAAGCAAACAGCUCAGUUUAUGUUGAGUUAA